AUGCUUUACCUCUUCGAGUCUGAAUUGCGAAACAAGUGCUCGUACCAAGGCGCUCUGCCAUAUUGGGACAUCGGCCUUGACAACACCGCAGAGACUUUCGUCAACUCUCCCAUCUUCGACGACGUGUAUGGGUUCGGCGGGAACGGACCGUACAUCCAGGACGUUAGCGACCCUGAAGAAUUUCCCACUAAGACACCAACGGAAAUUCCUAACAGAACGGGCGGAGGAUGCGUUCAGCAAGGCCCAUUUGCGAACCUGACUGUUCCCAUGGGCGUUGGCAAUUCAACCAAGUAUAAUCCCCACUGCCUUCGACGUGACUUCAGCCCGACUCUGGUUGCGAGUGCCAUGUCUGACGAGAUCAUCCGACGAACAUUGUCAGCGACGACAUUUGAUGAGUUCAACUACCAUAUGCAGGGCUACAGCUUUGAGUUGAGCGGCAUGACAAUCCAUGCGGGUAUGCAUUUGGGCAUCGGUGGCCAAGUAGGGGAAAACGCUGACAUGUACUCUUCCCCUGGUGAUCCGAUCUUCUAUCUGGUGCAUGGUGCUGUGGACAAGCUCUGGAACGAUUGGCAGCGCAGUGACUGGCCCGCGCGCAAGACUGCCAUAGGCGGUCCAGACGCCAUGUUCGCCUACCCAUUCGACUUCUUCGGGGAUGUGCCCUAUGAGAAUAUCACGCUACAGUACCCGUUGAGUUUCCCCAACUUCGGCAAGGAGAUGGUGGUGAGCGAUAUGAUGGACAUCAGGGGUGGUCCCUUCUGCUACGAGUAUCAGUGUAUCUCAAUUGGGAGCCUCCGCAGCUAG